GCGGAGCGGGGCCGUGCGGCGAGGAUGCAGGCGGGCAUGGACCUGCUGCACGACGCGGGCGUGCGGGCCACGCAGCAGCUGCAGCAGCACUUCCAGGGUGCCCAGGACUGGUUCCUCUUCGUCUCCUUCGCCGCCGACCUCCGCAACACCUUCUUCGUCCUCUUCCCGCUCUGGUUCCACUUCUGCCAGCCCGUGGGCAUCCGGCUGCUCUGGGUUGCUGUCAUCGGCGACUGGCUCAACCUUGUCUUCAAGUGGCUGCUCUUCGGGGAGAGGCCCUACUGGUGGGUGCACGAGACGGACUAUUAUGGCAACGCGUCGGCGCCGCACAUCCAGCAGUUCCCGCUCACCUGCGAGACCGGCCCUGGGAGCCCCUCGGGCCACGCCAUGGGCGCCGCCGGCGUCUACUACGUCAUGGUGACCGCCCUGCUCUCCCUCGCCGCGGGGGAGCGGCAGGCGAAGACGCUCAAGUACUGGCUCCUGUGGACGGUGCUGUGGACGGGCUUCUGGGCCGUGCAGGUCUGUGUCUGCCUGUCCCGCGUCUUCAUCGCCGCCCACUUCCCGCACCAGGUGGUGGCCGGGGUCAUCUCAGGCAUGGUGGUGGCCGAGAGCUUCCAGCACGUCCGCGCCAUCUACAGCGCCAGCCUGCGGCGCUACCUGGCCGUCACCGCCUUCCUGCUGGCCUUCGCGCUGGGGCUGUACGCGCUGCUGCGCCUGCUCGGCGUCGACCUGCUCUGGACGCUGGCCAAGGCGCGCCGCUGGUGCGCGCGCCCGGACUGGGUGCACCUGGACACCACCCCCUUCGCCAGCCUGCUGCGCAACCUGGGCGCGCCCCUGCCCUUCCGCGCCGCCUGCGCCGCCGCCUCGCUGCUCGUCCUGCACCUCUUCGACGCCUUCAAGCCACCGGCCCACGCGCAGCUGCUCUUCUACCUGCUCUCCUUCUGCAAGAGCGCCGCCGUGCCGCUGGCCACCGUGAGCCUCGUGCCCUGCUGCCUCUCGCGCCUCCUGGCCGCCGGCGCCAAGAAGGACGUCUAGGGC